AUGCCAAGCAAAAGCUCUACACAGGGUGACGCACAUCGUCACCGCCGUCAUGAUUCACGAAGCAGUAGCAGCCGACAUGGAUCGUCUUCUCAAGAUCUCGGACCCGAACGGCACGCUUCACAAACCCGAAGUUCCAGUGAACGCCGGGUCAGUGUCAAGCGAGAAGGAUCCGUUCGAAGCAAGGGCCACAGUGGGCGUUCCAGCUCCCGCUCUGCUUCUGUUCCACACAAUGGGGGCUCUGCCUUCGCCUAUGGCCCAAGUGGACAGCAGCAGAAGCGUCUUGUGGUGGUUGAUUCUACAGAUUCAGACAGUGAAGAGGUCUCCAACGAACUCUCGGAGUCCAGCACCACGAGCCCACAUUCGUCGAUGAAGUCUACAUCCCUCUUUGGUAUUGGUGCAUUUACCGUCGGAGUGAUCAUUGCAGUUGUGACUACGUACAUGCUGAUGAAAGGAGGUAACACUGAUUCGAAGAGUAUCAACAGUAACAAUGGUGCUGCCCCCCUUGUUCAAGUCGUGCCAACCAUGGAUCCUACCUUCUCUCCCACUGGAAUGCCAACAGUUGAGUAUCCUGCUCCUGAACUUGCUGUUUGUGAAGCCUUGAGCGACGGUAAAGAUGUGCGCACUACCACAGCCAGUGACCUCCUACCGCGUAAUAUGGAUAUUAGCUUCGAUGUCACCGUGCGUCCAGGAGGUAACUUCAGGACCGAAGACGAAUUGUUUGCAUUCUUUCCCGAGAAGAUCGAAUCUGUUUUGGUCCCCAUUCUUGCUGGAUGUGACGAUGUGAAAGGUUUCCAGCGAAAGCUAAACUCCAAUUAUGAGCAAGGCAGCCUUCUGCGCCGAGAACUGGGUGAGUUGGAACAAAUUCGUUACGUCAUAGCUGGUGGUAGAGUAUCUGGCACGAAAACGAACGAGGUGGAAUGUGCUGCAAGCACUUCUGGCCAGUUGUUGUCUUGUUUCAAUGUGGUUAUCUACUUUGAGUUCUAUCUCAAGGGAGACGAACGCGUGUUCCAAGUAAUGUCCCUCAUCACAUCGAUGUUGAAUGAGUUGACUACCCGGGAAGAUGUUGCUUCCAACGGCAUUCUUACCCCGUCAAUGGUGAAGAGUCUUGGGUUGCCCAACCCUCCCUUUCAAAACGUUGUGGUGAGAGGAAUCCAGAACAACGAUCCAACCGUUUCACCAAGUGUUAGCCCAACACAGUUUCCAACUGACCGCCCUAGUUCCUCUCCAUCACGCGCACCGACCGGAAUGCCCUCUAUUGCACCAAGUGGGGCCCCAUCAAGCUCGCCCUCCUCGAGCCCUUCUGGAAAACCUUCCAUGGCACCGACCAAGGGACCUACAAAAGCUCCAACCCCGCAACCUACCCGAGCUCCUACAGCAAAGCCCAGUGCUUUUCCAACAGGGAUGCCGUCAGCUAUACCCACUGCAGCGCCUUCUGCAAAACCUUCCAUGGUCCCUUCCACGAUGCCCUCCCUUUCGAGCGCUCCUUCACUGUCAUCAGAACCAUCUUUGGCGCCUUCUAUUUCAAAUGCUCCUACUAGUCGAAUGAGCUUUAUCAUUGGAAUGUUGCCACCAAAUUACAAUAAUAUGACAGCUAUCGAAUGGUUGAGCUACAAUGAUACAUGGAUGCCCCUAACAGACAAUGAUGAAGGUGUAUGGGCCGAUCGAUACGCGAUGUUCCAAUCCUUUCAAAACUUCGCUCAAAUUGGUCGCUCUGCUUGCCUUUGGACUGGGGUCACUUGCGAUGCAAAUGAGCGCAUCACAAAGGUUUCAUUGCCCUCCAAUGGUUUGACGAACGGAAUCCCAUCGGAAUUGUCCAAGUUGACUGAGCUGAGAAGCCUCAACCUCACGCAGAAUACCUAUACGGGGACAACCAUCCCAACGGAGCUGUUCGGACUCUCCAAAUUGGAAAACUUGGACAUUUCAAAUUCAGGAAUCAAUGGCACUAUUCCAACACAGAUUGUCAAUAUGGCGGCUCUCAGAGAACUACACAUCAACUCCAACAAUCUGGUUGGGACGAUUCCAAGAAUGCCCGAGCUCGUUACAAGGUCGCCUGACGAUGUCAUCACUUUAGGAAGUGGUGCCACAGUAUCUUGCGUUUGCGAGAUGUACGGCAAUCAACUCGAGGUGAACACUGUUAGUACCGCACAUGCCGGAGGCUGCGAUCUGGUGCGGACCGCGAGCGAUUCAUCAUCAUCUUCCUCCUCCUCAUCCUCCGACGACAACUCCAGCAGUACUUCUGCUCCUGCAACAAGAUACCGUUACCGUUCUCUUUUCGAACGUGGUGGCUUUCGUGCUCUUGACGAAGAAUCAUCAUCGGAAGAUGAAGAUCAUGAACAACAAGAUAUGAACACGAUCAGAUCACCAGUGUACGAUGUUGUCGGCGUUCGCACUCCAAGAGCAGCAAAGAAGAUCAAGCAUGUGCUCGUGAAAAAGCAUAAGAAGAGAGCAAAGAGAGGCAAGAAGCACAACAUGUCAAACAGGGAAGAGGAUUUGAUCAACGCAGAAUUCCAAAAAUCCGAGUUCUACGACGAAGAAGAGUAA